AUGCUACGAAAAACACAUACCGGGACAUGGUUGCCGGCGUGGGUGCCAGAGUCUACUUUCGUCUUGUCGCUCCUCCUCAUCAUAUGCUCGUUUGUGCAAUCCUGUACGGUUGGCUAUGAUACUGCAUUGCUCAACGCGCUCAACAUCCUGCCUGCGUACAAUGACUACUUUAGGCUCAGCGCAGCAACAACGGGCCUGAACACCGCUUCCAUCUUCAUCGGCGGCAUUCUUGGACCUAUGUUCGCAGUUAUGAUAGCGGACAGGCUCGGGAGAAGACUAGCUAUCUUCUGGAGCAGCCUGGCUGCCAUACUUGGGGUUGUGAUGCAAACAGCCGCUCAAAAUAUUGCCAUGUUCGUCGUUGGUCGCAUUAUCAUCGGCCUCGGGGCAUCUGCUUCUGGGAUUGCUGGCGGCGUGUACCUCUCGGAGAGCUUCCCUAGUCGGUUCCGAGCAUGGGGGGUGGGAUCCCUCAACGACUUUUAUUGGAUUGGUGCAAUCCUGGCGGCCGGAAUCACUCUCGGGACUGGCACUUGGACCACUUCUUGGGCUUGGCGAGCGCCGUCGCUCAUCCAAGGCCUCUUCUCUCUGCUUUGCAUUCUCAUCUUGCCGUUUGUCCCGGAAAGUCCGCGUUGGCUUCAGUACCAGGGCUACUUCGACGAGGCUCGCCUCGCCGUCGCCCAAACGAAUGCCAACGGCAAUAUAUCCGAUCCGGUUGUGCUCACAAUCUACGAAGAGAUUGCGGAUGCCCUGAAAUCGGACAAGGAAUGCAAGAGCUCCAUCGUAGAGAUUGUCAAGGACCCGAUUCUGCGGAGGAGGUUCCUUAUCGGAACUUCUGUUGGACCCCUGUCCACUGUGGUUGGGAAUCUCAUCAGUCUUUUCUAUCUGGGGCCGGAGCUCAGCAUUGCUGGACUCACCGACAGUCGCGCCCAGCUGCAUAUCAACCUUGUUCUAAACGCUUGGUGUCUGCUUUGUUGCCUGUUGGGCACAUUUCUAGUCACUUCUUGGGGUCGGCGUCCAACAGCUCUUGUUGGCCAGAGCCUGCUUAUCGCCUGCCUUUUUAUUAUCGGGGGUCUAACUAAGGUGUACGCUGACAAUGGUCCCAAUGGCACGUCUAAAAGCCUUUUAUAUGGCAAUGUGGCAGUGAUUUUCCUCUUUCAGGGUUUCUACUCCCUGGCCUGGACACCGCUCAUCUAUCUCUAUCCGACUGAGGUCAUGAAUUAUAGUAUUAGAGCUAACGGCGUGGCUUUCUCUUCAUUUAUGCUUAGCAGCCUAACACUCUUACUGGUGUUUAUCAUGCCAAUCGCCUUGGAGAAUAUUGGUUGGAAGAUGUACAUCAUCAACGGAAGCUGGGACGUCAUCGUGCUUUUAAUUGUGGUAUUUUUUUGGGUUGAGACCAAAGGCAAAACUCUAGAAGAGGUCGACGCUAUAUUCUCGCAGCACUCAAAUGUUUCCGACAUUGAAGCCCGCCGUGGAAAGAAGACCAUUAAUGCUCGACCCAUGGCGCCGAAAUCUUCCAACUCUACUGAGGCGAAGGAGCGUCGUCGCGAGCAAAACCGGCUGGCUCAGCGUCGAUUUCGACAAAAGCACUAUCAACAGAAGAUAAUAGGACCUGAGCGUGUGCGGACUCCGAGCCUGAACCCUCUCCCGUGUUCAGAGACUCAAAUCACCAACGACAGCCUGCCUAAUACACCUGCUGUAUCCCGGAUGACUUCCAUCAGCCCCCCUACACAGGGUUGUGAUCCGAGCAUCGACGCUGUUCACACGGCCAUGUUCCUGGAUUCAUUUGACUUCAGUGCAACCAACACUCUCUUUGCUUCAGACCUCGACACCGUGGACCCUACCGUACAACUCACCCCGCCCGCAUCAGACUCAGCCGCGCAACUCCCCAAGUCCUCCCAAUACAGCCAAUCAGCUGUUCUUUCAGACGAUAGCAGUGGUGAUUACAAUGAGAAGGACUCCGAAGGCAGGACACCGUUGAUCAAUGCCACUAUUGCUGGAUUCGAAGAGGUUGUCGAUCUGUUGCUAUCGCACGGGGCUGGAAUUGAAUAUGUGGACCACCAGCAUCGCUCAGCCCUGCAUUGGGCGGUAAUACAUCGCCAGGAUCGAUUACUUAAAAGACUCCUCAGACAUUGUGCUGGGGACAGCAAGUUGAUUAAUGAAUGCACCAAAGACGGAAGAACACCCCUCCUGAUUGCCAUUGAUGCAGGUUUUGAUGCAGCAGUGGAGGCCCUGCUAGAGUCUGGGGCGGAGGUGCAAUGA